AUGGCGCCUCGCUCUCGAGCUAAAGCUGUCGAUACUGACGCGUCCAUGUCUGACGCGCAGGAGCAUCGUCAAGAAGAAGAGAUGGAAGUUGACGAGACCCCCGACUACACUGAUACCGAGAACCCUAGCACUACUGCUAGCAGCGUCGCCGGAGAGCCUACGGGGGAUGGCCGUAGGCGCCGCACAGAAGUCAAUCAACUUCGUCGUAGCAUUUUUGGAAAGAAGCACGAUCGCUUAGGCGAGUCAAAGGAAGAUGACACUAUUCGUCGAUUUCGAUACCUCCUCGGCCUGACAGACCUCUUCCGCCAUUUCAUUGAAACAAACCCCGACCCCAAGAUUCGCGAUAUCAUGACCGAAAUCGAUCGACAGAAUGCCGAAUCUGCGCGGGGCAAGAAGGGUGCCGGAAGGCAAGGGGGUGCCACGAGCGAGCGACGCCGACGUACUGAAGCUGAAGAAGACGCCGAACUCUUGAAAGAUGAGAAGCACGGCGGCUCCGCUGAGACGGUCUUCCGAGAAUCCCCUCCGUUCAUCCAUGGCACCAUGCGAGACUACCAGGUUGCCGGUCUCAAUUGGCUGAUUUCCCUGCAUGAGAAUGGUAUUUCUGGUAUUCUUGCCGAUGAAAUGGGACUUGGAAAGACCCUGCAAACUAUUUCAUUUCUCGGCUACUUGCGACACAUCCUUGACAUUACUGGACCACACUUGGUCAUCGUGCCCAAGUCCACGCUCGAUAACUGGAAGCGAGAGUUUGCCAAAUGGACACCCGAGGUCGAUGUUUUGGUGCUUCAGGGUGCUAAAGAUGAACGGCAAACUCUAAUCAACAACCGGCUUGUUGACGAGAAGUUUGAUGUUUGCAUUACCAGCUACGAAAUGGUGCUUCGAGAGAAAGCGCAUUUGAAGAAGUUUGCUUGGGAAUACAUCAUCAUCGACGAAGCGCAUCGCAUCAAGAACGAAGAGUCAUCACUGUCACAGGUUAUCCGAUUGUUCUCCUCCAGAAACCGAUUACUUAUUACGGGCACACCGUUACAAAACAACCUGCACGAACUCUGGGCUCUCCUGAAUUUCUUGCUUCCUGAUGUUUUCGGCGAUUCUGAAGCAUUUGAUCAGUGGUUCUCUGGUCAAGACCGCGAUCAAGACACGGUCGUACAACAACUACAUAGAGUCCUCCGCCCCUUCUUACUGCGUCGUGUGAAGAGCGAUGUGGAGAAGAGUCUUUUGCCCAAGAAAGAGGUCAAUGUUUAUCUUGGCAUGUCGGAGAUGCAGAUUAAAUGGUACCAGAAGAUUCUGGAGAAAGACAUUGAUGCUGUGAACGGCGCUGGUGGCAAACGAGAGUCAAAGACACGACUGCUCAAUAUCGUGAUGCAGCUUCGAAAAUGUUGUAACCACCCAUAUCUGUUCGAGGGCGCCGAGCCCGGACCCCCUUACACAACCGAUGAGCAUUUGAUUUACAAUGCUGGCAAGAUGGCAGUUCUCGACAAGCUCCUCAAGCGGCUCCAGAAGCAGGGAAGCCGCGUUCUCAUCUUCUCUCAAAUGAGCCGACUAUUGGAUAUUCUCGAAGACUAUUGUGUCUUUCGGGAGUACAAAUAUUGUCGAAUCGAUGGUGGCACAGCGCAUGAAGAUCGAAUUGCUGCCAUUGACGAAUACAACAAACCUGGUUCGGAGAAAUUUGUCUUCCUCCUUACAACGCGUGCUGGUGGUUUGGGCAUUAACUUGACGACUGCCGACAUUGUUAUUCUCUAUGACAGCGACUGGAACCCUCAAGCUGAUCUUCAGGCCAUGGAUCGAGCCCAUCGUAUUGGUCAGACUAAGCAGGUUGUUGUAUACAGAUUUGUCACAGAUAACGCCAUCGAAGAAAAGGUCCUGGAGAGAGCUGCCCAGAAGCUACGACUAGACCAACUGGUUAUCCAACAAGGCCGUGCCCAACAAGCCGCUAAAGCUGCAGCCAACAAAGAUGAGCUUCUUUCCAUGAUCCAACACGGUGCUGAGAAGGUCUUUCAGUCUAAGGGGCCUACCGGCAACAUGGCCUCCAAGGAUGGCGAAGUUGGUGAUGACGAUAUCGACGAGAUCCUUGCAAAGGGCGAAAACCGAACAAAGGAGCUGAACGCAAAAUAUGAGAAGUUGGGAAUCGAUGAUCUGCAAAAGUUUACCUCAGAGUCUGCUUACGAGUGGAAUGGCGAGAACUUCGCCAACACAAAGAAAAAUAUCAACAUGACCUGGAUCAACCCGGCCAAGCGAGAGCGAAAGGAGCAGUCAUACUCAAUGGAUAAGUACUUCCGGCAAACUAUGUAUCCCAACCCCAAGGCCGAUGCUAAGCCAAAGGCACCCCGGGCACCAAAGCAAGUUCCUGUUCAUGACUACCAAUUUUACCCCCCUCGCUUGCGAGAUCUCCAAGAUAGGGAGACUGCUUACUAUCGGAAGGAGAUUGGGUAUAAGGUACCUCUACCUGACGGUGAUGAAGAAAAUCUUGAAGAGCGAGAGGCCGAAAGAGCCCUCGACCAGCAGGAGAUUGACAACGCUACACCUUUGACUGAGGAAGAGAGGGAGGAAAAAGAGAAGUUAUCGCUACAAGGUUUUGGAGACUGGAACAAACGGGACUUUCAGCAAUUUGUCAAUGGAUCGGGCAAAUACGGACGAACUGACUACGAAGGCAUCUCUAACGAGAUUGACAGCAAGUCAGCCCCCGAAAUCAAGGCUUAUGCAAAGGUUUUUUGGCAACGCUAUACCGAGAUCGCCGACUACCCGAAAUACAUCAAGACUAUCGAAGAUGGCGAGGAGCGGACUCGCCGUAUUGGCCAUCACCAAAAGCUUUUGAGAAAAAAGAUGCAGCAGUAUCGAGUCCCUCUGCAGCAGCUCAAGAUCAACUAUUCUGUGUCGACUACCAACAAGAAGGUUUACACUGAAGAAGAGGACCGAUUCCUUUUGGUUUUGCUCGAUCGAUAUGGCAUUGAUUCGGAAGGUCUCUACGAAAAGAUGCGAGACGACAUUAGAGAGUCGCCUCUGUUCCGAUUUGACUGGUUCUUUCUCAGUCGAACACCAAUUGAGCUGUCUCGUCGAUGCACUACUUUGAUCACUACUAUUGUUAAAGAGUUCGAAGACGUCCCUGCUCGUGGCUCAAACGGAGUGAAUGGAAAAUCUAAGCGAGAGCCUGACGAUGAGAAUGACGAAGAUAGCAUUCUUGGUAUGGCACCAGCAAAGAAGAAGGCCAAAAACGGCGUCAAGAACAAGGCACUCGAUAAUGUCAAGUCCGUCAAGUCUAGCAAGAAUAGCUCUGCCACGCCAUCAAGAGCAUCUAGUGUUGCCUCUACCGUAUCCGCAGGAGGUUCUGCUAAGGGCAAGAAGGGUAAAAAGAAGUGA